GGGAACCUCUCGUUCGAUGAUUUCUUAGAUAUGCUUUCAGUUUUUAGUGAACAAGCACCAAGGGAUAUAAAGGUGUUCUACGCCUUUAGAAUAUAUGAUUUCGAUGGUGACCAGCAUAUAGGUCCUGAAGAUAUAGACGAGGCGUUGAGACUUCUAACAAGAAACUCCCAUGAGUUGACUCCAGAAGAUCGACAGCAGAUUGUCGAAAAAGUCAUUGAAGAAGCUGACGUUGACGGAGAUGGAAAACUUUCUUAUAUGGAAUUCGAACAUGUGAUAACCAGAGCUCCUGAUUUUCUUUCUACUUUCCAUAUACGUAUUUAGUUUGUGAGUUUGAGACUACCCU